AACAAAGGCAGCAGUGGAACAGGCUUGUCCAGUGCUAAAAGCCAUCACAUAUAAAUUCACAAGCCCUAUCUGCAAACAUACAGACCUGGCAAUUUCUUUUGGUUAACAGUCGAUCAAGUGGCCCAACGUGAAAGUACUGAUAUGAAGCUCGUGUUUCUUGUCGUGGUGGCCGUGGCAGUUCUGCCCACCUUUUCUGAGAGCCGGAUUGUCUCCAAAUGUGAGCUCAGAGACAAGCUUGGGAAAAUGAUCCGUCUGUCCGGGAGACUGGGGGAAAGAGUCUUGGCAACAGUUAUCUGUGAAGUGGACAGGAUGUCUCAUCUGAACACAGACUUGGUCAAGUCGUUUGGCAAGUGCAUCCCUGCCACACCAAAGCCAACAGCCCCCGCCGCAACAGGACCCAACGAAAUGACCAAUGGACCAGUCACACCACCAAACACCAAUUCAACAUCCACUGACCUGACCAAUACCACUGCUCCUGCGACUCCUCCGACCAUUAACUCAACUAUCAUCGCAAUGAACGCAACCUUUCCGUCAAACAGCACGGGUGGUGUAAAAAGACAAAGGCGGCAUGCUCACUCAGGCAGACAUGAGAAGAACAAGUUUAGUGGGGAGGACCGUGAUGACAGCGAAAUGGAAGAUGAGAAUGAAACAAGCAGUGAGGAGGAUGAUGAAUCCAAAAACCUUUACGGACUCUUCCAGCUGUCUGACAGAGAGUUCUGUGAUUCAGGAUUAUGCCCGUCCAAAAAUAUGUGCCAUACCUCCUGUAAAGCCUUCACUGAUGAUGAUAUAACUGAUGAUAUUGCUUGUGUUAUCCAGACUGGUUACUGGAGGGACAUCAUGGACAGAGCCUCAGAGUCAUGUCGUCGCACAGGGAAUUUCUUCAAAGAAUGUAACUAAACGGCUGUGAGAUCACAGUUUCUACUUGCAGGAUCACGUCAGUUUCCUCACCAGAUCUAUCUCCAGUGAGCCGCGAUUGAGAAACCGCAUGCUUCAUUCUCUACAGUGCAGCAGUGUUUUCUUUGUUUGUUGCACUGAUCUUUCAAUAACCAUUGUCUUGUAUCUGCACAUUUUAGUGGUAAUGCCAAGUAACGUAAUCAGCCCUCAGAUUCCUUUGAAAUUUGAAAACUGCUGAUUUUUUUCUUCAAAAGCCUAAGACUCAGCAGUUUACAUCUGGUAUUUGUCUUUCAAUAAAUAUUGCUUUGCAUCAUUA